UGCUGGCUGUACAGAAUAUGACGGGGGCGGGCUCAGGAUAGGAGGUGAGCGGUGAGCGAGUGGAGGCAGGAGAGAUACAGAGAGAGCAUCUCGGCUAAAAAUGAGGAAGGUGACAUGCACAGCGCCCGUAAACAUCGCCGUCAUCAAAUACUGGGGGAAGCGGAACGAGGAGCUCAUCCUCCCCAUCAACUCUUCUCUCAGCGUCACCCUGCACCAGGAUCAGUUAAAGACGACGACCAGCAUUGCGGCCAGCCGCGAGUUCACCCAGGACCGGAUUUGGCUGAACGGAAAGGAAGACGACAUUAAUCACCCGCGCCUGCAGUCCUGCCUGCGAGAAAUCCGCCGUCUGGCGAGGAAGAGGCGGAGCAGCGGCAGUGAAGAUGGCGUCUCCAGGAUCCUCAAUGACAAAGUCCACAUCUGUUCCAUCAACAAUUUCCCCACCGCCGCCGGGCUGGCGUCCUCUGCCGCGGGAUACGCCUGUCUGGUCUACUCCCUAGCCAAGCUGUACGGUGUGGAGGGCGAGCUGUCCGAGAUCGCCCGGCAGGGUUCUGGUAGCGCCUGCAGGAGUAUGUACGGAGGCUUCGUCCAAUGGCUGAUGGGGGAUCGGGAAGACGGUAAAGACAGUCUGGCACAGCAGGUGGAGGUGGAGACUCACUGGCCAGAACUUCGCAUCCUCAUCCUGGUGGCCAGCGCAGAGAAGAAGCAUGUUGGCAGCACAGCUGGAAUGCAGACCAGUGUGGAGACCAGCCCGUUACUGAAGUUUCGGGCGGAGUCGUCGGUGUCGGGAAGAAUGACCGAGAUGAUCGAGUCGAUCAGGAAAAAGGAUUUUGAAAGCUUCGGGCAGCUAACGAUGAAGGACAGCAAUCAGUUCCACGCUACGUGCCUGGACACCUUCCCCCCAAUCUUCUACCUGAACCAGGUGUCACAGCAAAUCAUCAGCCUUGUCCACCGCUACAACACCCACUAUGGACAGACCAAGGUUGCAUACAGUUUUGAUGCAGGUCCCAACGCCGUCAUCUUCAUGUUGGAACCAACUGUCAACGAGUUUGUGGAAGUCGUGAAGCGUUCCUUCCCUCCGGCCUCUAAUGGAGACCCGUUUAUUAAAGGUCUACCAGUGAGCCCCGCCCCCUUGUCUCAGGAGCUGACAUCUACCAUCGAAGGUGACGUGUGCCCAGGAGGAGUGCGUUAUGUCAUUGUUACACGGCCGGGACCAGGCCCAGCGCAAUCCCAGGACCCCUCGCUGGAUCUAUUAGGAGCAGACGGGCUGCCCAAACCUUCCACCUAGGAGGAAACCUUCGAAAAGACAUUUUAUUAAUACACAAGAAGUUCCGCCGCCUUUGUUACUGGUUACCCAGCUAUGUCAACACUGAGAAAUUUCUAUCGUCUUCAUAUAAAGAACUUUAAUUACGGGUGUGACCAGCACUAAAUAUUUAUUUUCUCAAUGGUAAUUGGCCAAUUUUCGUACAAGUCCCAGUUUAUUAUGCAAAUAAAAAAACAAAUCCUUCCA